AUGACUAAGGCGGUGUUUACACUUUUAUAUAAUCCAAGUUAUCUUGCUGGUGCAUUGGUAUUAGGUUCAAUUAUUAAGAAAUUGAUUACUAAACAUCAACAACAAGAUGAAAUUAAAUUAGGAAUAUUAAUUGACAAGAAAAAUUUCACUAACCAUCAAUUAAGUUUAUUAUCCAGAUAUUAUAAUGAUUUAAUUGAUGUUGAUCCAUUGGAAUCAACAAUUGUUGAUAAAUUACAUUAUGAUUUAAAAAGACCAGAAUUAGCCAAGACUUUCACUAAAGUUAAAUUAUGGUCAUUACUUAAAUAUGAACAAAUUUUAUAUUUAGAUUCUGAUACUUUACCAAUUAUACCAACUGGUUCUCAAGGUGAUGUAUUAGAUUUAUUAAAAUUAAAUUUCCCAAAAUUUAAAAUUUUAGCUGCUCCUGAUUCUGGUUUCCCGGAUAUUUUUAAUUCUGGUGUAUUUGUUUUAAAACCAAAUUUGAAUGAUUAUACAAAUUUAGAAUCUUUAGUUCAAGAAUCUGCAAUUAAUCCAAAUGUUUCAUUUGAUGGUGCUGAUCAAGGUUUAUUAAAUCAAUAUUUUAAUACUCAACCAGAUUGGGUCCAAUCUUUAUUGAAAAAAGGUGAAUCUGAAGUUGAAGAAUCAAAUUAUAUUACUGAUUCUAAUUGGGUUAAAAUUCCAUUUUUGUAUAAUGUUACUCCAACAGCUCAAUAUGAAUAUUUACCUGCUUAUAAACAUUUCCAAACUUCUCCAGAAUUUCCUGCUGAAGUUCCAACUAAAGCCCGUUUAGAAGAAGGUGAUCAAGAUCAAGAUAAACAUGAUGAAGAUGUUUUAAAAACUACCGUGGACACUUUAAAUCGUUAUCAUUCUACUGCUGUUAGUUAUAUCAAUUAUUCCACGACUCAAGUUAAAUUGGUUCAUUUCAUUGGUCCAAUGAAACCUUGGAGAUCUGCUACUUCAAUUGGUGGUAUUCAUAAAGAUUGGUGGAAUGUUUGGAUUGAACAAUUUGGUGAAAAAUCAAUUCAAGAAAUUGUUAGUCCUCCAUUCAGUCAACAAAUUCAUGAAUUACCAGAACAACAACAAGAACAGCCACAUGUUGAAGAACAUCAUGUACCAUUUGCAGAACAAGAACCUGAAGGUUAUGUCGCUCCACCACAAGAUCAUUCCCAACCCGGAUCGUUAUUAGAUCCAGCUAACUAUCAUCAAUUUGAAAGUCAUAUUCAACCAAGUGUAGAUGCUAUGUGGGAUCCAACUAAAGAAGCUCCACCAGUGCAUGAUCAUUAUCAACAUGAUGAAGAGAGAGGUAGACAAUUUGAAGAAGGUAUGAGAUCGUUUACUAAUGUUUGGGAUCAAGCUUAUGAAGAACCACAAUAUUUCCACCAUCAUGAAGAACAACCCCAUCAUUACGAAGAACCACAACAUCAUCACCAUGAGGAACAUCACCAUCACGAAGAACAUCAUCACCAUCACGAAGAACAUCAUCACCAUCACGAAGAACCACAACAUCAUCAUGAAGAAUAUCACCACCAUGAAGAACCACAACAUCACCACGAAGAACAUCACCACCAUGAAGAGCACCACCACCAUGAAGAACCACAACACCAUCAUGAAGAAUAUCACCACCAUGAAGAAUAUAUCCCAGAACCAGCUGAUCCAUUACAAACCUAUGGACAUCAUUACGUAGCCCCAGAAAGAGUGUUUGACACCAAAUUCGACUAUUUCCCCACCCAUGUCUUACAACAAUUAGAUAAAGCCACAUUCGAUGAAACUGAAGCAACAACUCCUUCACGUGAUUCUUCAAGUGGAUUACCUACAAGUUUGAAUUUCAAUAGUGUUAAUCAACAAUUGGAAAGAGAGGGUGCUAUAGAUACGAGUGAUUUCGAGGAUGUUUAUGAUGAAGCUCAAGAAGGAUUUGAUGAAGAUCGACCUGGUGAAGAGGAGGAAGAGGAAGAGGAGGAUUUUGAGAAUAUUCCUAAGCUUUUCCCAUGGGAAUUUAGACCUUCUGUUAGGGCUGAAAGAGUCUUUGAUUAG